CGGAGGAAGCUCAUUUAUGAAAAGGCAAAGCAUUACCACAAGGAAUACAGGCAGAUGUACCGGACGGAGAUUCGCAUGGCUAGGAUGGCAAGGAAAGCUGGAAACUUCUAUGUGCCUGCAGAACCCAAGCUGGCAUUUGUCAUCCGAAUCCGAGGUAUCAAUGGUGUAAGCCCAAAGCUCCCAAAGGUGUUGAAGCUGCUCCGUCUUAGUCAGAUCUUCAAUGGCACCUUUGUUAAGCUCAACAAGGCUUCAAUUAACAUGCUGAGGAUUGUGGAACCAUACAUUGCAUGGGGGUACCCCAACCUGAAGUCAGUAAACGAGCUCAUCUACAAGCGCGGCUAUGGCAAAAUCAAUAAGAAGAGAAUUGCCUUGACAGACAAUUCCUUGAUUGCUCAAUCUCUUGGUAAAUGCGGCAUCAUCUGCAUGGAGGAUCUAAUUCAUGAGAUCUAUACAGUUGGAAAACGCUUCAAGGAAGCAAAUAACUUCUUGUGGCCCUUCAAAUUAUCUUCUCCAUGAGGUGGAAUGAAGAAAAAGACAACUCAUUUUGUGGAAGGUGGUUAUGCUGGCAACAGGGAAGACCAGACAAACAGGCUU